AUGGGUGCCGCUGCCGUCGGAAAAAGCUCCAUCAUAUCGCAGUUUCUAUAUGAGCAGUUUAUUGGGGAAUAUAAGGAGACCAUUGAAGAGUUACAUCGUAGUGAAUAUAAAUUAACAGAUACACAAUUAGAGUUGGACAUUUUGGAUACUUCUGGAGUGCAUUCGUUUCCUGCCAUGAGAACAUUAGCGAUAUCCACGAGCAAUGCCUUUAUAUUAGUGUAUUCAGUCGAUGAUCCAUCAUCCUUUGAUGAAGUUAUUGCUUUAAGGGAACAGAUUUUAGCUGAACGAAAUGACGAAAAUGUUCCUAUUGUGAUAGUUGCUAACAAAACUGACAUGGAAUCGGACGAAAGAGUAAUAAAACGUGAAAUCGCAGAAACACUUGUGUCCGUUGAAUGGGGACAUGGUUACGUGGAAGCCUCUGCCAAAGAAAAUGUAAAUAUCGAAGGUAUUUUCAAGGAAAUUUUAAGACAAUCUAAAGUGAAGUAUUCCUUAAGUCCAGUAUUGGAAAGAAGACGAAUUUCCAUACCAGUGCUCACACAAAAGAAAAAAGACUUAUCUCCAAAACGUCAUAGUAUUGACUAA